GUUUCCCGGCGUCCUCUGGGACAGGGAGCGGCGCAGUGCGCAUGCGCCACGGCGGGGAGGCGGAGGCGGGCCCUCCGCCAUCUUGUCCCGGUCCCUGAGCAGUGUCCCCCCCAUGGAGCCGGGCCGCCCCGGCCGGCAGCGGGCCCCCGACUGCAUCCGACGACAGAAGCGCCGGGAGCUGGAUGCCCGCCGCAGCAAGUGCCGCAUCCGCAUCGGGGGGCACCUGGAACGCUGGUGUCGCCUCAAGGAGCAGCUCGGCUUCGCCCUGCACUCCCAGUUGGCCCAGUUCCUCCUCGACAGGUACAGCUCCCACGGCUGCGUCUGGAGCCCGGGCGAGCCGGAGCCCAACCUUCUCCAUGCCGAUGCCCUGCAGCGCCUGGUCGUCCUGUCCCACGGUCACGGCCAAGAGUGCGGUUUCGUCCCCGACGUGAAGCCCCCAGCCCCGGGCAGCACGUCCCAGCUGGUGUGGGAGUGCAUGGCCGGGCACAGCUUCUCCUGGGGUGUCCCUGGGGCAGCGGGGGUCCGUACCCCCACAACCGGCCACCAUGGAGAGGAGCAACGGGGGGACUCGGGGCGCAGCUCCCCACCGGCCGCCAGCCGCCGGCGCUCGCUCCGGAGAACAGGUCUGGUCACCGAGUCCGGCUCCGGGAAGGGUGAAACCGAAGCGGAGGGAGCAGCUCAGUCGCCUGUCGGUGCCGGGGACCAGAGGGAAGAGCCGGGAGCUGAUGGUGAUGAUGGUGAUGAUGGUGAUGAUGACAACGCAGCUCCCCGAGUGCCGACGGAGAUGGGGACCAUGGCAGAAGGUCACGGGAGCACGCCCAUCCCGGAGGAGAAAGCGGAGCCGGGGUCUGAGCCCCAAGAAGGAGAGGAGGAAGAGGAGGACGAGGACUUUGCCGAGGAGGAUGACCUGACUUACACUGACGAUCUGCGCGAUGAGAACUACCACCCAUCUCUGGACAGUGACUCGGAGCAACAGCGGCGACAAAGCCAGACCAAAGCCCGUAAGAAACCCAUAAAGGAGGAGCCACCCCCGAAUGAGCCGAGCCUGACCAGCUCCAGCCCGUCGGGGGAGAAGGUUGGACGAGUCAGCUGCAAGAGGCGAGCGCGGUCGGGCGACGAGGACGUGGCGCAGAUCGGCCCGAAGAGGAUCAGGAAGGCAGCGAAGCGUGAGAUCCUCCUGUGCGACUUCGAAGGCUGCGGCAAGAUCUUCUCCAACCGCCAGUACCUGAACCACCACAAGAAGUACCAGCACGUCCACCAGAAGACCUUCACCUGCUCCGAGCCCAGCUGCGGCAAGUCCUUUAACUUCAAGAAGCACCUCAAGGAGCACGAGAAGCUGCACAGCGACAAGCGGGACUAUAUCUGCGAGUUCUGCGCCCGUUCCUUUCGUACCAGCAGCAACUUGAUCAUCCACCGGCGCAUCCACACAGGGGAGAAACCUCUGCAGUGCGAGAUCUGCGGCUUCACCUGCCGCCAGAAAGCCUCCCUGAACUGGCACAUGAAGAAACACGACGCCGACUCCUUCUACCAGUUCUCCUGCGACAUCUGCGGCAAGAAGUUUGAGAAGAAAGACAACGUCACAGCCCACAAAAGCAAAAGCCACCCCGAAGCGCUCGGCGGACCCCCCCAAGCCGAGGGGGGCCAGCGGCAGCCGGCGCCAGCGAGCUUCAGCGCGGGGACGCAGGCAGGGCCGGAGCACCCCGAGGCACCCGCGGCGUCGGCCGCGGAGCCGCUGGAGGUGCCGGGGCUUGGGGACACCGUGGGGAGCGGAGGUGACGGGGAGAAGACCCCACCUCCGAUUGCAGCUGAGUAUCGGGGGGUUAUCGGGCAGGAUUCGGGCACCCCCCGAGGCCCGGCGAUGGACGGGGUUGGUUCGUAGCAGGACUCAUCCUCCAGUUCUUGGCCGCAGGAGGGACCAGCAAGGACGGGAGGACCAAGGGGGGGGGGGACAAGGUGAAACGAGGCCGGACCCCCACGGCGUGGGGCAGCAGCGUGUCCAGGUGCCAAAACCCACAAGGGACGGGCAAGGAACUGGAGCUUCCCGGGGGAAAUCCCAGCUUCGCCGCCAAAACCGGGCCUUCCCUUGAGCUGGCAGCAGCGGUGCCACGGGCGGAGAGCGGCUUGCCCGGCUCCCCUCGCUGCCAGGCGGGAGCGGGAGGCCGCCAAAGCCCUCGGCAGGCUCUUUAAUAAACUUAUUUUUGUGUAAAA